AUGGCCUUCACCACAAUUCGAUCGUUAACCAUUUUUUCCGGUUCUUCGUUUGACAUGCCUACGUUCUUCGUGCUUGCAAAAGGUGGAGAUGGGUCUGGGGUCUUUUUCAUUAGUCUGCACUCAUCUAUUUUAUAUGCCCGUUUUCCGCUUUUAAAUAUCUUGUCGCAACACUCUCCAGUAUACUGUUCGCGAAGGUUUCCGCCUGAUAACGAUUUAAUAACCGGAUUGGGAAAUAUACGAUGCGGUCAAUUGGUGAAAAAGGCCUUACGCAGAGUAUGCAAUGUACCGCCUGAUCAUCAGCUGAUCGCUUCAGUGCGAUCGAUUGGAUAUGCUAGAGUAGCAUUCGUGUUUUGUACGUGUACGUCUGAAUGUCGGGAUAAUUUGCAGAGUGUGACAAGAACUUCAGGCCAUCAAACAACAAUUAGUCAACCAUGCACAGAUAUACAGUCAACACGGAAGUGCUCGACCAUUUUUGUCUCUGCUGUUAUGCAAACGGGAACUAUAACUUUCUUCUGGACGUUCCAUUUCCCCAUCCCCUUACAACGCAUAGUAAACCAAAAGCAGCCACCGCCUCAAUCCUACGUUUAA